UUCCCUCCCUCACGCUGGUAUAGCUUACUUUGUUUUUGUUUUCUUCCGCGGUGCCUUUUGGUCGGAGUAGUAGUGGAUGAUAUCAACAGAGCUACGUUUCUUCUUACCUCCGCGAUACUACGGACUAUAGAGGAGUCGCUAGAGGACACGCGCAUCACGACAGAGAGCAGCGCGAGGGAGUUUUUUCUUUCUUUUUUUGGAGGUUACGGUUUGAUUUAAAACAAGAAAUAUAGAAAACAUCUGUAUUGCAGAGCAGCGUUACCACGGACGCUCCACCUGACAAGACUCACGUUAAGUUUUGACGGAUUUUACAGCACAGGUGCGUAAAGGAUUAAACACCGUGAUUUGACGAAUGGUUGUCGGAGAGGAAUCACUGCCUCUGCGCAAGUCUCAGAUGAAGAUGAAGUCUGCAGGCGUCGUGGAUGGAGGCUUGUUCACAGAGAGCUAUUGUAACAUCUGCAAUGCCCAGCUCAUCUCUGAGUCCCAGCGCACCGCUCACUAUGAGAGUAAGAAACAUGCCAACAAGGUGCGUCUGUUCUACAUGCUUCACCCUGAAGAUGGAGGACCACCUUCCAAGAGACUGCGGCCAGAUAACCCAGACUGUGCAGAGACAGAGGUGGACAGGAACAAGUGCUGUACCUUGUGUAACAUGUUCUUCACCUCCGCCAUUGUGGCCCAGUCGCACUACCAGGGCAAAACACACGCCAAGAGGGUCCGCCUCGUUCUGGGGGAGCCGCCCAGCCUACCCACAGACAUGACCAGCCCUACAAACACAGAUUCCUCCCCUUCCACACCGCUGCCCACAGACCCCGCCGCUUGCCCCCCUCCUCCCCCUGAUAUGGCCUGGCCCUUGCCGGUCGGCGGAAACGGCGAAAGAGAGGCCGGGAAGUACUGCUGCAUGUGCGGAGCCUGGUUCAACAACCCGCUGAUGGCUCAGCAGCACUACGAGGGCAAGAAACACCGCAGGAACGCAGCCAGAUCACGCCUCCUGGAGCAGCUAGCGGGCAGUCUGGAUGCCACGGAGAGCACAGGGCUGCGCAGUAGUUACUCUUGCAGUGUCUGCAGUAUGGUCCUCAACUCUAUCGAGCAGUACCAUGCACACCUCCAGGGCUCCAAGCACCAGAAUAAGAUGAGCAUUGGCUUGUGUAAGGAGCUUUCCGAAGGAGAGGAAAGCACGGCUGACAGUGGCAGGGGAUUAGCUCUCUCUGAAGAAGCAUCCAUGAAAACUGUCCUGAAGCAACAGUAAGCCACGGAGACAGACCACUCUUCGCUGGAGAGAAGAACAGAUGAAGACCGAGAUUAUUUGAAUAAAGAACUUCAGAAAAAAGGACUUGUGUCAGAAAACGAAGAGUAUGAGACAGUAGUACAGAGUAGCUAACUUCAGCGUGUGUGUGUGUGUGUGUGUGUGUGUGUGUGUGUGUGUGUGUGUGUGUGUUUGUGCUUGUUUGUUUGUGUUUUUGUGUGUGUGGGUGAUCGAGUGCACGUGUGUAUGGAUGUCAUAGGGCGUUCAUGCAUACAUCUGCUGUGUGCAUGAGCGGGUCAUUGUGAGAGUGUUUACUUCUAUCUUUGAUCUAAAAAAUAUAUCUCUGAGAUUUAUCCAGCAGCUAAGUGUUUGAUAUGAGUUCUCAACACCGACAGCCGUCAGAAGACGUGCAGCUGCAUAUUGCCAUAUAACUCCUGUGUGAUCCACAAUCCUAAAAUUGAACUGAUGUCAGUGCGUUGCCCAGAGUGGUAAUAAUCAUUACAAUGAUAGUCAUAGAGGAGCAGUAAUAAUAACUCUGUAACUAGCCGCCCCCCAAGUGCUCUGACAGUGAUCCAAGCUUCUACAUGCGUUUCAUAUACAGUGAUGGUGGCACAUGCAUGGCUCACUCUCAGACUACUUGAGACCUACUCAGGCCCAGACCUUUAAAUCCAAGGACAAGAAAACUCCCAACAACCUCAGUCAUAAAAGAUUGCUUGAAUUUCAAUAAUUUUAUAAAAGGUAUUCUUGGUUUGAAUCUUGUGUUGUGUCUAUAAAUGUAGUAAACCUUUUUUCUUUCAAAUGGUGGAUGUAUCAUUUUGAAAACCAUCUUUUCUUGUAUUCCAUAUUAUCACAAGCUUGAGAUGUGGCAUGGUUACAGUACAGAAGGCAGUGAAGAAGAGCAGCACAAAGACUUUUAAACUGCUCUGAAGCGAGGGUCUGUGCAUCUUUGUGAAUCAUCUACUGUUGAAAACAUUCCUACAGCACUGAAUACUGAUGUCAGAUGCAGUCUGGAGGUGACACAAAUUCUCUUCUCUGUUGAGAUGGGCAACGUGUAGAUAAUAUUUUUUUAUUUUUCUGUUGCUAUGGACAGAGAAAAAGAACUGCACUCCCGAUCCAUGUAGCAGCCAAUGUACAAUACAACUGGGAUGUAAUUCAAUGCAUGCAAAAAUGUAAAACGUUGCAUUCACUUGCCUUUUUCAAACCUAUUGCUUGCGCGUUUUGGCAAUAGCGCUGCUUUCUAGUGAUAGCUUCGUAAUGCAUUACUGCACAUGCUUGCACCUGAGCAAAGAGGUCACCUUUUAGUACUGAACUGGUUUCUUUUCAACAUCUAAUUUAUUCAUUAAAAAUGAAAACCUUUUGAUACCUAGAAAGAGUUACCGCUGUAUAACACCCCUCAUCUGUAGUGUCUUUAGAGCGUGUGUAAAGGGAGUUUCAGCGAUGGUUUGUAGCAUCAUAAGAUGAGCAAACAGAAGCCGCGCUCCACUUUCCUGCGCUGGCACUGAGCAGCAUUUCUCUAUAAACUGGGGAAGGCAAUCCAUGCUAAGUUAUUGUUGGCUUGUUUUCUCUGUAACCACAUUAAAAAUGUUUUUAUUUUGUACUUUGUUCAUUUCAUGAUGAAGAGAGUGAACUACGAGUGACCUGAUUGUUUUCUUCUGCAGACUUAUGGAUGAGUAAUGGUUUUAUGCACUGUAAUAUUAACAACCAUAGAAUGAGGGUUUGAAGAGAAAUAGUUUAAUGAAGCAAAAAAUACAGUUUGUGUAAAUAAGCAGUAGCUGCAGGUGAAGUUUGUGUUUCAAGAAGUACUAGAGUUUUGUAUUUAUAGUGUUUCUCUGCACUGAGCUACAGGGCGAAAAGGGAAAUGUGUUUCUUAUGGAUAUUAUUGAAAAAUACAAAUGUGCUGGCACUGAAAUGAGAAUAAAGUGUCUUUUGGUAGUCGUGUUUUUGAAUGGAUAACUAUCAGUAAAAAUAAACUCCUGAGCCGAGAACCGAGGACCAAAAUCCAGAGUAUGGAAGACAGGGAUCAUAGAGGGAUUUUGAUAACAGCUGUUUCCAUGAGGACAACCACAAUCACCACAAAGACUGUCCCCUCGGAGAAACAUCUGAUAUGUGACUGUUUUGCCAGUGGAUUCAAAAAACAGCCAAAAAACAACGAUGCAGGACAACAAACUGUUGGAUUUCAACAUGACGUCUCCCCUCUGUUGUCGGUAAUGCCAUAAGAAAAAUACGAGAACGAGAAAUAAUUUGGCAUUUCUGAUGUGCAUCAUGACUGUUUUGAUGACUACGCUAAGUCCUUUCUCACCAGCACUGGUGUAUUUACAAAAGAAGCGGCGUCUGUGUGUGCCGAUAUCACAGUCUGUGCAGAGGAUGACUGUGCCAUGAGUCACAUAUUUUACCAGAUGUAACAUAAUAUAUGACAGAAAUGUAUCUAUGGGUAGGAAUUGUGUGAUAUACUUGCGGGUGGGUGUCUGUGUAUGUGAAGCUGUCAACUGCGCUGGCAGUGGGAGACUCGCUGUGAGCCGUGUACCGUGAGCACAUUUGUGAACACACCUGAUGAUAAAUACAAUGAAGAUGACAGCUAUAUCUAUUUUCUCUUGCAAAAUCCA